AUGACCUCCGAUACUCGAAACUUGGGAAUUCUCAUCAUUUACAUCAUAUCCUUUGCCAUCGGUCUCCCUGCCAACCUCCUGGCCCUACGGGCCUUCGUGGGACGGGUCCGCCAGCCCCACCCUGCCCCUAUCCACAUCCUCCUGCUCAGCCUGACGCUGGCAGACCUCCUCCUCCUGCUGCUGCUGCCCUUUAAGAUGGUUGAGGCUGCCCGUGAUUUCUCUUGGCCCCUGGGGGAGAUCCUCUGUGCCCUCGUUGGCUAUGGCUUCUAUAGUGGCAUCUACUGCAGCACGUGGCUCCUCGCUGGCAUCAGCAUCGAGCGCUACCGCAGCGUGGCCUUCCCCGUGCAGUACAAGCUCUCCCGCCGGCCCCUGUAUGGAGUGAUUGCCGCUCUGGUCUCCUGGAUCUUGUCCUUCGGACACUGUAGCAUUGUGAUCAUCGUUCAAUACUUACCAACCAACACCACGAUGACAGAUGCCAAUGGGCACCCUGUCUGCUAUGAGAACUUCACCCAAGAGCAGCUGAAGGUGCUGCUGCCUGUGCGACUGGAGCUGUGCCUUGUGCUCUUCUUUAUCCCCAUGGCAGUCACCAUCUUCUGCUACUGGCACUUUGUGUGCAUCAUGCUCUCCCGGCCUCAGGUGGGGACCCAGAAGCGCUGGAGAGCUGUUGGGCUGGCCGCUGUGACUCUCUUCAACUUCCUGGUUUGUUUUGGGCCCUACAAUGUGUCUCAUGUGGUGGGGUUCUUCCAGGGGAAGAGUCAACAAUGGCGGGCCUGUGUAGUGUUGUUGAGUGCUCUCAAUGCUUGCGUUGACCCCUUGAUUUUCUAUUUCUCCUCCUCAGCUGUGCGCAAAGCCUUUGACAGAGGGCUACAGAGGCUGAAGAACUGGGGGGUCUCACUGUCAGGGUGGUGGAGAAGAGCUGGAGGGCUGGCCGCAGAGACCAGAAAUGGGAGUUUAGGUAUGGCCAAUGUCAGCUUCACAGGCCAGUAG